GUUGUGAGGAAGAAAGAGUCCGAAACAAUAGACUCUCAGCUGGGCGGAUGAAGCUGUUGUCUUCCGUCAAUUGGAAUGGACGCUGACCGAGUCACUAUACUGGUGCGACCUCAGGCGGUACCUCAGCGCAGAGGUACAUGUACACGUGCAUACAGUUUAGAUCGAGGCACAUGUACUCGUAUCAUGGAACGUUGAGACUUUCAAGUUUUUUUCCCUUCUUCCUCACUCAGCGCGAUAAUCAAUUAUGCUGCCCCCCGGCCCUCGCAGCGGAGUCGCGGCAACUUCAAGCUCUGGCGUGCAGGGCCUGGAAUAUCGAGACUCGCAGGUGUCGAGGGCGUGUGCAGCACCUUGUCCAGUGCCAAGAUCUUACCUUGCUUUUUGCUAUUAUCUCCGCGGCCGCAUAGCGAUAGUAAUCCCACGAAAAACGGCCGCGAACUACACGACAAGAUGGAGGGAGUUAAGGUUCAGGAGUCCUAUUGUUGUGUUCCAUGUUGAGAGCGUGCCGUGGGAACGCUCUCAACACCAUCGUGACCACUGGAAACAUGAAGCAUCGUUGCAGCACCGCCCGCUGCUACCCUUCUGGCAAGGCAAGACAAGCGCCCUACAACUCACAUACCUGACCAUGCACAUACCUACCGGUCCUACAGUCCAUCUUCAGUCUGUCGUGACACACAUGGCCAUUUCGCGCUGCGUCCCGUCAAUCUCUUGUUUGCAGCACCAAGGCUCGUCUGCCUCGUUGGGACUGAUACCUGCUUGCGACUAUCGAUCAGCCGCAUCUAUUGCGUCCGCUGUACCCACCGCCGAUACAACAAGAGAGUUCUCUCUGUGGUCGCACGCAGCAUGGAAGCACCACAGAGUUGAUCCAUUGCCGCUGAGCCGGGCCACCCAUCUUGCCAACAAUGCCUCGAGCUCCUUCGAAUCAAACUUUUCGUAUCGGCGCUCCCAGGCGCCCUCCCGUAUCGCUGUUACAAAGACCGGAAGGGCGCUAGAAUGUCAGGUCGGUGCCUGUAGCCGGUGCCUUUGAGCGCUAAGAAUCGGGUCUGGCGCGGACUCCGCACGACACUCCAGCGGCCCCUGGUACUUUGACAGUGGGUGGCUUCAGCGGCACAGGCCGGAAGGCGGGCUCUAGUGGAAGACGAGCUGUAAACUCGUAAAAGCAGCAACACACGGCCGCGAUUAGCUGCCGCUGUGGCUUGCUCAGCGCUGCGCCUCUUGCGCCACUUGUGCCCUCCCCGAGCCGUGCCUGAAGAUCCCCUGCUCAUGGCCGCUCUCACCGCCUUGGAUACGACCACGCCCUCGCAGACACACAGCCAAAAGUGCAUCGUGAUUCCAAGGU